AUGGAGCUUGUUCAAUGUAUUGGAGGGUAUAUUUGGAAACCUUGGUACUCGAUUCUCAUCAAUGGGACUGCAAUGGGUUUCUUUAAAGAGGAAAAAGGGUUAAGACAUGGCGACCCUUUAUCUCCUUACCUUUUUGUUAUGGUCAUAGAGGUUUUCAGUAGAAUAUUGAGGGAUGCCAUUGCUAAUCAUUUCCUCUUUUUCGCUAAUUGUGAGAAGAUUCAGCUGGUAGAUUUGUGUUUUGCUGGUGAUCUUUUGAUCCUUACCAAAGGGGACCAUUUUUCUGUCAGAUGUGUUAAGAGGCUUUUGGAUAUUUUUUACAGGAUGUCUGGGCUUCAUUGUAAUGAAGCCAUAUAUGUGGUUUUCUUUUUAGGGGUUGAUCAUGCAGAGAUGGAGAAAAUGUCUGCCUUAUUAAGCAUUAAAAAGGGAGUGUUACCAGUUCAUUAUCUUGGCCUCCCUCUAAUCACAAAAAAGGUUGAGUAA